UUCCCUGACCCAGUUGUUUCACGUUCAUCGAUUGAGUGUUCGUGGUCUCACAUGAUCGCCGGAAUUAUUUCGUACAAUUAUAUAUACCAGUCCCUGCGAUUCUCAGUUCUACUCCACCCUUUCCACCGUUAACAAAAGCUACCAAUCACCAGACCCACCCACACUCUCUCUGCAAAACCCUAACCCUAACCCUAACAAUGUCACCCAUAGACCCCCACUCCUUCACCGACUCCACCCACCCUCUCACCACCCACAUCUCUCUCUCCCUCUACUUUGACUUCUCGUCUUCCACCAUCCGCUCCUCCACUCUCAUCUCUCUCCCCACCCGCCACUCCGGUCCCAUCACCCUCGACACUCGCUCUCUCUCCAUCUCCUCCGUACUCGACCCCACCACCCAUACCCACCUCCCUUUCUCUCUCUCCCCCACCUCCGACCCAAUCAAAGGUCAGUCUCUGAUCGUUUCUCUCUCCAACCACUCCAAAUUUCUGGUCAUCUCAUCAACGAGCACUUCUAGCUCCGCUCUUCAAUGGCUCUCACCGCCACAGACAUUCAACAAAUCUCACCCAUAUGUGUAUACCCAAUGCCAAUCCAUUCACGCCCGUUCGAUUUUCCCCUGCCAGGACACCCCUGCGGCGCGUGUUUGUUACGCGGCGAAGCUUAACAUUCCGCGACAGCUGUCGGCGGUUAUGUCCGCUCGGCAUGUCGACCGGCGACCUCCGGUGGCUUCCGAGAAUGGGUCGGCGUGUGAUGAUUCACUGUGGUGUGCCGAAGGGAGAGUGGUGGAGGAGUUCGUCAUGGAACAGCCUAUUCCGCCGUAUCUUUUUGCUUUUGCCGUGGGGGAAUUGGGGUUUAGGGAGGUGGGGCCGAGGACUAGGGUAUAUUCGGAGUCAGUGCCGGCGGUGUUGGACGCGGCGGCGAGGGAGUUUUCUAGGACGGAGGAUAUGAUUAGGGUUGGAGAGAGAAUGUUUGGGGCUUAUGAUUGGGAGAGAUUUGAUUUGUUGGUGUUGCCGCCGAGUUUUCCGUAUGGUGGAAUGGAGAAUCCGAGGAUGGUAUUCUUGACGCCGACGGUGAUCAAGGGGGAUGCCAGUGGGGCUCAGGUGGUGGCCCAUGAACUUGCUCAUAGUUGGACUGGGAAUUUGAUUACUAACAAGACCAACGAUCACUUUUGGUUGAAUGAGGGUUUCACAACAUAUGCAGAAAGGAGAAUUGUUGAGGCCGUGCAAGGGGAUGACAGAGCUGCAUUGAAUAUUGGAAUCGGUUGGAAGGGUUUGGUUGAGGAAAUGGAGAGAUUCAAGGACAAUAUGGAGUUCACAAAGCUCAAAACCAAUCAGGAAGGAAUAGACCCUGAUGACAUUUAUUCUCAAGUCCCUUAUGAAAAAGGUUUCCAGUUCUUAUGGCGCAUUGAAAGACAGAUUGGAAGGCCUGCAUUUGAUGAAUUUCUUAAGAAAUAUAUUGCCACCUUCAAGUUCCAGUCCAUCGACACUGACAUGUUUCUUAACUUCCUGAAAGCAAAUGUCCCUGGAAUAGAAAAUGAAAUUGAUUUGAAAUUAUGGACCGAGGGUACCGGAAUUCCUUCAGAUGCCAUGGAGCCAGUUUCCAACAUUUAUUCAAAGAUUGUAUCAUUGGCAAACGAGUUCAAGCUUGGUAGGAUGCCAAGGGAGGAUGAAGUUGCUGAUUGGCAAGGACAGGAAUGGGAGCUUUACCUGGAGAACCUGCCCAAAUCUGGUGAUGCUUCACAGGUCUCAGCCUUGGACGCCCGCUAUAGGCUUUCAGAAUCAAAAGAUUACGAGGUCAAGGUGGCAUUUCUCCAACUGGCCAUCUCGUCAAGGUGCAGAGACUACUACGGGGAGGUGGAGAAAACUCUAAAGGAAGUUGGGAGGAUGAAAUACCUUCGGCCACUCUAUACUGCUCUUGUGCAAGGCAGUGGAAAAGAUGAAGAGAAGAUCUUUGCCAAAAGGGUGUUUACCGAGGCUUCUGAUUGUUAUCACCCUAUAGCUCAAGGUGUUGUAGAGUCCAUCCUAGCCAAACAUGUGUAAAAUGUUAUGUUAAGUUAUUGAUCAAAUUUUCUAAUCUGAUCCAAAAUGUUUUCACAAAUUUGUGUCAAUUUUCUUGAAUCUGGCUGCCUAGUACCUUGGACUGUUGAUUUUGAUGAAUCUAUGCAUCCUGGUGGAUGUUGUACCUUGUUUCCAAC